AUGACUUCGCGAAGUACUGCAAGUCGCGAGCGGAAGCGCACCAGCGAUAGGCACGCCCAACGCGUCAGCCGCGCGAGGACCAAAACGCGCAUCGAACAACUUGAGCAGCAGGUAGAACAGUGGAAGUCGCUGUCCUGCGAUGGCGAUAAUGCUGCGCUCAGGGAAGCGGUCGCGAAACAGCAGGCGUCGCAUCAGAAUCUAUUGAACACCUUGUCCAAAGUGCAUAACCUCGCUGAAAGGCUUGUCGAGGAGACAAAGGUCGCUCCCACCGGAACUGCUCGUGGGUCUGUUGCUGCCAGUCCGACAGAUAAUGAUGAUGAGUUCGUGGUUACACAGGCAAGUCCUGCAAUCCCCAACCGGGUAGAGGAAUGGACCAUGGGCGAGCGAGUCUCUAUUGAUCUAGAGACCCUCAUAGACAAUUCUCCGUCCUCAAAACCAGGAUCUGAUCAGAUAAGCUCCAAUUUGGAGGCACAGAUGGGUCAAGUCGACGAUGGGAAUUACUUCGCACAUCUGAACCGUCUCACUGUCUGGGCCGAGGAGCAGGGCAAGAAAGCGGGACGGCUAGACGAUACGAUGGACGACGACAUCAACAUCCGCGCUGUGAUUCAUGGAUGGCCGGAUGUUCGUGCACGACACGUUCUGGACAUUGGAUGGCAGGUGGCAGAGAAAGUGGACCUUAGUCUCAUGAGAGACACUGGACCUGCUGAACGCAUCGCAGUGUUGAAGGUCUUUCGAUCCAUGUUCUUGAAUGCUUGCCAAACCGACGCCGCAGCUCCGCCUUCAUUCAUGCGGCCUACCGCUCUGCAAUGCUCCAAAGCCCACGCCAGACUUAUCGACUACUUCAUGUGGCCAUCAGUUCGCGACCAUAUGCUGCGUUACGAUGUGAGCAAUGCUACCGAGUGGAUGGUCCAUCGGUUCUUCUCCGACAUGGUGCUCGACUGGCGCUUUCAAGUCCGUGAUAUCGCCAAGCUCGAUCCCUUGGCCGACAGAUAUAGCUUUUCGCACGAAUUUCUCUCGACAUAUUCGCGAUUGAGCAAUUGGGGAUUUAGGCCGCUGCCGCCGAAUACCACGCGGAUCUUCAACCCCGUCACGAUGCGGAUCCAGGAUUGGAACACGGUUCAAGUCCCUCAGGAUUCGUCUGCUCACCAUCAAAUUAUGCUCAAUGAUCAGGACCAGACGCCAGCAAUUCCAUGGACCAUGUUUAUUUGA